CUCGUUGUUUUGUUCAAUCGAAUUUUCUUCUAUUUUCAUGAACAUAAACAGGACCACUUACCAAUCGAACAGAGAGUGAGAGAGUUUAGGGUUUGGUAUCAAUCGAAGUAAAGAAAGGGCUGUAAUGGUGGAGAAGAAUAGUAAUUGUGAUAAACUUUAUGGAGAAGAAUAUGAAAGAGAUGAGUUGUUAGUGGAAAUAAUUCUGAAAACAAUAGGUCCUGCUCGUCCUUCUCGAAUCCAAGUCCCAUCGAUCAUCAAAGUCCACCAUUUGAGAAGUUUGAUUGCGGAGAAUCGUCGUUUACCGAUUGAACAGUUAAAGCUGAUUUUGAGAGGCCAGAUUCUGCACAACACAAAACAUGGGGAGGAUGUACAACUGCAUCUGAAAGAAGGAGAUCCCCUCAUAGUUGCUGUUAAACCAAUUCCUCCUGCUAAGCACAUUGGAGAUGGCUUUGAUGAUGACGAUAAUGAAGAACUGAUACCAACUCCACAAUUAACAAGUUGGUGGAAGAGAAGGCUGUUCUCCUUUCUAAACGAGAAAUUGAAGGUGCCAAAUAUUGUGUUGAUGGCAAUUUUUUCUAUCAAUCUAAAGGCCUGGGCUGUUAUCAUCUUAUGGUUUGCAUUGGCACCCCUUGCAUAUAGAUGGGAUCUAGGACCUUUAUAUAUACUUGGGACUGGGUUUGCCAUUAUUCUCCUAAAUCUUGGCCAAAGGCAACAUGGUGAUCUGAGUGCAUAUUCAAUUUUCAACGAAGAUUUUAGGGAGCUUCCUGGGACACUUAAUGCUGAUCGCCUUGACAGAGACAUACGGGCAGGUCAAUUUUGAGCCUUUCUUUGAACACCAAUACACCAUCUCGUCCCACGUUCUCUGGAAAAUCCAAGUGUAAGAUGCUGCAGGUACCAAUUAGGAAAGGAACAUAAGAACUUACUUCCGAAACCUGAUUACUGCAAGUGUACAAUAGAAUAGUUCCAAUUAAGACAACAGAUUCGUUAAUCAUUUGUCAUUUACAUUUCAAAGAAAGUUCUUUUUUGUCA